AUGGGAGAGCGACGCAUCUCUCCGGUAAAGAACUUCAUGGCCGGUGGAGUCGGGGGCACGUGCCUGCUGUUCGCCGGACAUCCACUGGACACCAUCAAGGUUCGCCUUCAGACGCAGCCCAAAGCCUCGGGCCCUCAGCACGUGCUGUACACAGGAACACUCGACUGCUUCCGGAAAACUCUGUCCAAAGAGGGAGUGUUGGGUCUGUAUAAGGGAAUGGGAGCGCCGCUGGCCGGAGUGGCUCCGAUGAUGGCCAUCAGCUUCUUUGGAUUUGGACUCGGGAAGCAGCUGCUCCAGAGUGACCCGUCUGUUCCAAUCACCUCCACGCAGACGUUCCUGGCUGGAAUGUUAGCCGGAGUUUUCACUACAGUGAUUGUAGCUCCAGGAGAGAGGAUCAAGUGCCUACUUCAGGUGCAGACCAUCAGCAGGCAGCUGAAAUACACCGGGCCAGUGGACUGUGCAGUGAAACUGUAUAAACAGCAGGGCAUUCGCAGUGUGUAUAAGGGAACUGUCCUCACUCUUAUUAGAGAUGUUCCUUCUUCGGGUCUCUAUUUUUUAACGUAUGAGUACCUCAAAAACGUCCUCACUCCUGAGGGCGAGAGUGUGGACCGACUCAGCACUCCGAGGAUUCUCUUGGCCGGUGGAACUGCUGGAAUUGUGAACUGGGCCAUCGCUCUUCCACCUGACGUCCUCAAAUCCAAUUUCCAGACAGCUGCUGAUGGACGCUACUCAGGUUUAGUGGAUGUUUUACGAACGCUGCUGAGAGAGGAAGGAGCCGGAGCGCUGUAUAAAGGCCUGAGUGCAGUCAUGCUGCGAGCGUUUCCUGCUAAUGCAGCUUGUUUUUUGGGAUUUGAAGUGGCUCUAAAGUGUUUAAACUGGCUCGCACCAAACUGGUGACCUCUACACGACCUCACACUGCUGCUGAUGAGGAAUUCUGACUUCACACAAACUGAUCCUGUUAAAACACACACACACAUCAGUGUUUAAAGCUGAACAGUAUGACCUCAGGUUUAACAUCUUACAGGUUUCUGGAGAAUUUUUCCUUUAACUCAGAACUCCCCUCCUGCCUCCUUUAAUAAGUGUUUAAUGCUUAUUUCAUUAGAAAUGUAAAAUU